AUGGCGAUACCGAAAAUGGGAUUAAUGGGUUGGCUUAACAAGAAGAUCGUCGAUCCUCUCUAUCAAAUCCUUCGCAGGGGUUUAGAGCCGAAGCAAUUGGCUUUCUCGGCAGCACUUGGUAUUACUCUCGGAAUAUUUCCUAUAUGCGGUGUUACUGUUCUGCUUUGUGGAGUGGCUAUUGGGUUGCUUGGAUCUCUUUGCCAUGCUCCAACUUUGAUGUUAGCUAACUUCAUUGCUACUCCCAUAGAAUUGAGUUUGUUGGUGCCCUUCUUGCGCUUUGGAGAGGUUAUGACUGGUGGACCUCAUUUUCCAUUGACAUCUGAUGCAUUGAAAAAGGUUUUGACGGGACAAGCUUCGCGUGAAGUUAUAUUAAGUGUUGCUCAUGCAUUGUUGGGAUGGCUAGUAGCAGCACCCUUUAUUCUGGCUGCACUCUACAUAAUAUUUUUGCCAUGUUUCAAGGUCUUGGUUCACAAGUUCAGCGCUGUUCCAUUAAGCCCAAAGAAACCAUCCAAUUCACUUGCCGAAAUCAAGCUUAAGGUUCUUGGUUUAAUUAUGUCAGAGGAAAAUCCUACAACUGUUUCCAUUUCUCUUCAUCUUUGGGUGUGCUUUGAUUGCAUUCAUCAAAUUGUCAUUUUAAUCUUGGUUUUGGGUUGGCCAGGAUCCGACUUUGCACCUUCCUUUGGUGUUGUGAAUAAUGGAGUAGUGGGAGUGGUAGAACCAUAUGAAGGGAGCCCAUCCCCUUUUGUUGGCUUGGUUACAUUUAUACUUUUCUGUUCACUAGGAAUUUUAAUGGAAGGGUAUUGA